UUGGAACGGGAAGACUUACACGAACUCAGUUCUGAACUUAGCAGACUUUUCGCUCUGGGAUAUCGAUGGAGUCAUGGAUACACCCAGUGCAGACUACAGGCCAUGCUUUAUGCAUUCAAGCACGACAUGACUUUCGAACCCGAUGCGUGUUCACAUCUCUCCGACAAUGACUUAGAGGGUGCUUUGAAAGCCCUUGAGGGGCAAGUUGAACUCGACCCUCAAGAAGUAGCUAUUAUCAAAUAUACUCCAAGUGUUGACGACCCUCAUGCUUCAUUUGCUGAUGAAGUUUAUUAUCCUCCCAUCAACAGACAAAACCAAGAGGAAUUGAGGCGGAAGAUUUUAGCACCUGAUGCUAUUGACUUGGACAUGCCAGAUCCUUACGCAAAUUUUGCAGUAGUUAAACGGGCUUGGAUUCCCCAAAUGCGCCGUCGAUCACCUACACACUUCCAAGCUCCAACAUUUAAUGACUUGAGCGAUCCUGACGAAAGAGAAGCAGUAGAGUUUUUGAAAGAAUACAGAAAUGAAGGACCAGACGAGAACUUUCGAGAUGAACCCUCCAACGAUAACCCUCUAUCUCACGAGGACAUGAAUGAAAUGUACCCCAUUAUAAAGUUUUUGAAUGAUAUGCACUUGAGUCCAAAAGAUGUUCAAAAGCUCUUGAGACCCGAAAACAGCGUUCAAUUACUAAAUUUACUAGAGAGGUUCGAUAAUGCAAGAUAUCACGAAGAAGCCCAGGACUUGCUGAGGAAAGAACUGAACAUAGAAGAUUUUCCAAGAGAAAAAUUUCCUGUGAACUUCAAUACUCCUGCUUGGGAAUCAAGGUUAGGUAUACAAGAUGUCAAUGAUUUUCCAGAAUCUAGAGUCUACUAUGAUGAGGGGGAGGAUGAGAAUCCUUCAGAAUAUGGCAGUGGUCAUCCUGUUGAUGAACAACAGAUUUUCAGAGGAAGAAUCCCAGAAGAUGACCUCGAACCCGCAGAAGAAAGGCAAAUAUUUAACGACCUCAAUAACGGUUUGAAAACGAACGCGCUUUCUGGAAGAAACAUCAUUCGACCGGCUGUAUAUUCCGAGGGAGGGGUUGUAUGGACUUCACCAAGAGAACAAAAUAUCAAAGGAAUAACAUCAGAAGAAGAUGAUAAAUUGAUAAUGAAGCACAAUUUGGACAGGUUACUUGAAAGGUAUAAUUUGGGAUUCAAAAGGCCAGAAAGAUUAGACGUCAAAAAACCAGGUCCACCGUUCAACCCCCAGAUUACUGAUUCAUCACAAAGCGCCCACGACAAUCCGCAUAAAAGUGAAAGGGACUUGAUGAUUCCGUCAAUGAUGAAAAAAGAACCUCGGGGUGGCGGGCAUCCCUACCCCGACUUCGAUCCAUUGAAAAAGAAAAAUGAGCUGAACUUCAUACACAUAUAUUUUAAAAACCAGAUGACAUCAUGGAGUCAAGGAUUGAACAUUAUUGGAAAUAUUUCGAAACUCCUACGAAUCGAGCGGGGAUUUUUCGUAGAUGGAAGGGCCGAACCGUCUUCUGUAGUCUUCAGAGUGAUCCGUGGAUUGAAUGCUAACGAGGUGGCCAAAGAAAUUGAAGCAGUCAAAGAUAAAUUGAGAGAACAGACAGGAAUGGAAAUAACAUCUAUUGAAGUUGGAGAUAGAGAGAAAGGCCAUUCAGUAGUUUUCACUCCCCUUCCUGACGAAAAUCAGUUCUACAUAGUCUUCUUCAUGGUCUGCGGAGUUCUCGCUGCUAUGAUUGUAGCAUCUGUUGUAUUGAUUUUCAUAAGGCGCCAUAUUAAAUCACGUGAAAAGCUUCAGGGUCUCUCCAGACCAGAUACGGAAGCCAGCAAAGAUUAUCAGGACCUAUGUAGAUCGAGAAUGGCAACCAAGGGACAACCCGCUGGAGAAACCGUUCAUGGUAGAAUAACUUCCUUGUCAAGAGAAUCUGAACAGAGUCCUUCCAGUAGAUCCAGCACAUCUUCAUGGAGCGAAGAACCAGCAUUGCACAAUAUGGAUAUAUCAACAGGUCAUAUGGUUUUGAGCUACAUGGAGGACCAUCUAAAAAACAAAGAUCGUCUGGAACAAGAAUGGGUGGCGUUGUGUGCUUAUGUCGCUGAGCCGUCAGAAUCGAAUAACGCUAAAAAGAAAGAAAACAAGGAAAAGAAUCGUUACCAAGAAGUUGUUCCUUACGAUCACGCUCGAGUAGUUCUCAAUGAACUCUCGAACCUCAACGGAUCGGACUACAUAAACGCUUCCAGUAUAACGGAUCACGAUCCGAGAAAUCCGGCCUAUAUAGCUACUCAAGGACCAUUACCUCAUACCGCACCCGAUUUCUGGCAGUUGAUCUGGGAACAAGGAGCUGUUGUAAUUGUGAUGUUGACAAGGUUAACCGAAGGAGGUACAGCGAUGUGCCACCGUUACUGGCCUGAAGAAGGAUCUGAACUAUACCAUAUAUAUGAAGUACAUCUAGUGAGCGAACACAUUUGGUGCGACGAUUAUUUGGUGAGAUCAUUCUACCUGAAGAAUAUACGAACUGGCGAAACUAGAACUGUCACUCAAUUCCACUUCCUGUCUUGGCCAGAAACCGGAGUACCGUCAUCCACCAAAUCGUUGUUGGAAUUCAGGAGGAAGGUGAACAAAUCGUACCGUGGAAGAUCUUGCCCCAUAGUAGUUCACUGCAGCGAUGGUGCAGGUAGGGCUGGUACUUAUUGUCUGAUCGAUAUGGUUCUCAGCCGAAUGGCUAAAGGUGCCAAGGAAAUCGAUAUUGCUGCAACUUUAGAACAUCUUCGAGACCAACGUCCUAAAAUGGUAGCUACGAAACAGCAGUUCGAGUUUGUCUUGACUGCGGUAGCUGAAGAAGUCCACGCUAUUCUCAAGGCACUACCCCCACAACCAAAUCCCGCCCAGGCUCAAGAGAAAGAGAAGUAGUUUAAUGCAAAAACCAAAAAGUAACGUCCAAUAAUCUAGUUCCAUUGGAGGUUCUUCGGGUUCUUACAUCACGGACUCAAAUUUGUGUACCUUUAUUUUACCUUGCUACAUAUCUAUAAGUUAUCCAAGAGGUUUCUUCUAUCGAAAGAAAUGUUAUCCAAAUUUAUUGAUGUUCGUUGAAUAUACUUUCGUUAUAACAUAUAUGAAGUAUUCAAGAGAUUCUUUAACGUGAGUCAGCCAAUUUUCCUCUCUGUACAUACCUAUAUAGUUUACUCCAUUGAAUCAUAUCUGUGAACUAUAUUUAUUUUUGUUUUAUCCUCGUUAUAAAAAACCUGCGUUAAAGAAAAUAUUUUUUGUAUAACAUACUCGUUAUAAUUCAUUUGAUCGACGUUUUUGAUAUCCAGCCUCUCAAAAAUAUCGAUGAAAAUGUUUUACACAAGUGUUACUGGUGACGCUUAAAAGAGAAAUAUAUAUUGAAUAUUUAUAUAACUUGUAUGUUCCAGACUGAACUGUUGCAAAAUUAAUAUUUGAAUGAGAUUUUAUCGACACAAUCUACCUGAGGAGUAUAAAUAACUAGUUGUUAAUUUUACUCCUCCCAUCUACUUACUAUUCCAUAAUGAUUAUAGUAUUUUAAUAAGAAGAAGGAUGACGAAAUGUUCUAUGCUAUAUUUAUCAAGUAUAUUUUGUCAAAUUAUAAUGAUAAUGUUAAUAACUGUGAAACCAUAAAUCAAUGUACUGAUUCUUUCUGAAUUAGAUUUUAGUGUAAUGUAACUAAGUGUAUGUAUACAGCACACUAGUUGUUA